CAGUAGAUGGCGGACUGUUUAGUUCGCAAUCCGUCAGUGUUCCCACAAUAGAAGAAAGAAAUGGUUCCUCAACAACAGAAGAUCUUUCUGAAAUCAUCAGCUGGAGAAGAACGUGAGUUGGUUUUUAUGUUUUAACAGUUCAAGAUUGUGAUGCUACUCAUAAGUGGUGUGUGCGAUGAAGAAGAAGAAAUGUUUCCAAAAAGCAAGAGAAAUUGACCAAGUUUUGACAUUAAAAACAAUGGCAUUUACUCGAUGGAUAAUGAGAGCCUAAGCGAUCCAAACGCUAAAAAACAAACCGAAGUCAUGGACCUGAUGGAAGUGGAGGAGAAACUCAAGAAGAAACCGAGACGAGAAUCUUUUAGUUCCACACAAAAAAGAACAUCUCAAAGAACCCAAAACACUCGCACAUGCCCUCAUUGCGGAAAGAGUUUCAUGCGUAACGAACACCUCAAAAUGCACCUGCUGAUUCACACCGGAGAGAAGCCCUUCACGUGCCUUCAGUGCGGCCGGAGCUUCAGAUGUAAAGGAGACCUGACGAAACACACCAGGAUCCACACCGGAGAGCGUCCGUAUGCGUGUCCUCAGUGUGGAAAGAGCUUCCCGAGCGCAUACGUCCUCAAAAGUCAUCAGCUCCUCCACUCAGGAGUCAGAUCUUUCAGCUGUGAUCAGUGCGAGAAAACCUUCAUCCUGGCCACGCACCUACAGAGACACUUGAAAAUUCAUAAAGAUAGGAAGCCUUGCUUGUGUUCGCUCUGCGGGAAGAGGUUUUUGCAUUUAAAGGAGCACCAGAAGAUGCACGCCGCUGUGAGAGCUCAUCUGUGCUUUGAGUGUGAGAAGAGCUUUACCUCUGCCAAAUCGCUCAAACAGCAUCAAAGGAUUCACACUGGAGAGAAACCUUAUAAGUGCACACGCUGUGACAAGAGAUUCACUCAGUCAGGAACCCUGAAGGAUCAUGAGAGAGUUCAUACUGGAGAGAAGCCGUAUCAGUGCUCUUCAUGCGGGAGGAACUUCAGCAGAUCAAGUAAUCUACGGACUCACAUGAGAAAGCGCUGCCGAAGUUCAGCCUCACAUCGUAAACCGUUUGAUAUUCAGACGGAGUCGAAGAUAUAAUAACAUGUUAGUUAAAAAAAGACAUCUUUCCGGAGAUGUUUAGAUGCUUUAGAAAGUAAAAAUAGGAUGAGACUGUGUGUUGUGUGUGUGUAAAACAUUUUAUUUAGGUGUGUAACCUUUCUGGCAUGCAAUGUGCAAAAGAUAUAACAUGUUAGUUAAAAAAAGACAUCUUUCCGGAGAUGUUUAGAUGCUUUAGAAAGUAAAAAUAGGAUGAGACUGUGUGUUGUGUGUGUGUAAAACAUUUUAUUUAGGUGUGUAACCUUUCUGGCAUGCAAUGUGCAAAAGAUAUAACAUGUUAGUUAAAAAAAGACAUCUUUCCGGAGAUGUUUAGAUGCUUUAGAAAGUAAAAAUUGUAUGAGUGUGUGUGUGUAAAAAUUUUUUUUCAGGUGUGUAACCUUUCUGGCAUGCAAUAUGUUAAAAUAAUUAACUUCUACCAUUUCAUUUAGAAACUAAUGAAAUCA